ACAGUCGCAGUGCAAACUCUGAGCUUUCGGUUUAAUCAUGGAUACGGCGCAGCGACGAUUAAAAUCAAUCUCCUUCCAUAUCCUCCAACCCGAAAACUCCUUCGUUCAUGGAAUCGAUUCGAAUCUGCUUCUAGCUUUCCAAAAGCCACCAAAAUCUUCACCUUUUCCCGUUGUUAUCGGGGGCAUGGUUUUAGAUAUUGUUGCGAAGCCUGAUACACACCCAUAUCCUGCAACUACCACCCCCGGCAAUAUUGAGUAUGUGAGCGGAGGAGUGGCAAGAAAUGUUGUUGAAUGUAUGACAAAGCUUGGAAGCAAGCCUUUCAUGAUAAGUGUUGUGGGAUUUGACAUGGCAGGAGAAUUGCUCUUGAAGUUAUGGGAAUCUGCUGAACUUCCCACUGAAGGACUGCUGAAGCUGAAAGGUAUCUCUACUCCUGUCGUAUCAAACAUAUUUGACUGCAAAGGGGAGUUAUUUGCAGGUGUAGCAAGCGUUCAUGCUGUUGAAAAUUUUCUUAGUCCAGACUGGAUUUGGAAGUUUAAGCAUUACAUAUAUUCAGCACCAAUUUUAAUGGUUGAUGCAAAUCUACACCCUGAGUCACUUGAAGCUGCUUGUCAAAUAGCAGCUAAAUACCGCACUCCAGUGUGGUUUGAACCUGUUUCAGUGACAAAAUCUGCAAGAAUAGCAUCUAUUGUAGAUUAUAUAACAUGUGCAUCUCCUAAUGAAAACGAGCUCAUUGCCAUGGCAAAUGCCUUGUCUUCCCAACAAAGGUUUAGUUUUGUGCAACGGCACACAAAUACAGAAAAAUGGCUUCCAUCGGUGCAAUCAUUGUUCGAUCUCUUGAAACCAGCAAUACUUCUUUUGCUGGAAAGAGGAAUCAAAUUGCUCAUUGUGACCAUUGGUUCUGAUGGUGUAUUUGUAUGCUUCAGAGAUGUUGCUGACUUCCUGAAAGACAUUACUAUGAAGAACAAAGAAGAAGUUGAUCACAAUAGACAACUAUUGAAAGUUAUCAAGAAAAAUUGUCCUCACCACCAUGAAAGUUUCCUGAGAUUUGUACAGAUGAGUUCAGGUUCUUUUGCUUUUCAUCUUCCAGCACCAGCUGCUUCAGUAGUGAGCCUCACUGGAGCUGGUGAUUGCUUAGUUGGUGGAAUACUUUCUUCUCUUUGUUCUGGUUUGGAUAUCAUGCAAAGUGCUGCAGUAGGUGUUGCUACAGCGAAAGAGGCAGUUGAGGCUUUUAAUAAUGUGCCAGUUGAAAUAUCAUUGAACAGAAUUGCUUCUGAAACGCACAAAAUUCUUUCAGCUGCUAAGCAACUAAUGUUUGAUUCUUAGUUGGUGUAGGAUUUCAGAUGCUUUUUGAGAAGUGAGAACCAAAUGUUAGCUGUUUUCUUUAUAAUGGACUUAGCUGUUGUGUCGCUGCUUUCUUUUUUCGGGAGACAUUUAGAAGACUAAACUCACAAACAAAACACAGGCAAGCUUCGAAUCAAAGACCUCUUGAUUGAUGGUCAAAGUUCCCAAUCAAAAGAUAGAAGUGAGUUGCGUUUGCUACUUUCUUUAUAAAUCUGUUUUUGUCAAAUAAAAUCCUAAUUCUUCAUUUAAUCACAAAUGAUGAAUUUGAUCUUAUAUUCCUGUAUUUUAAUGUGGACUGAGCUUAUGUAAUUUGAUUUUUAAUGGUCAUUUUUGUUUGAUUCUAAAUUA